CUUCUCUUUCUGUUAUUUAUUCUCUCGUUAAACACAAAUUCCCUAAACACAUCUUAAGCUUAACAUCAGACACAAUCAAAUAUAUACACUACUUUAAUUGUCGUCCGUACUAUGGCGCAAUCGGACCCCAGUGCAAUCAAGGUUUCCAUGCGCACCGAGAGCGAUACGCUGGGUCAAGUAGAGGUGCCAGACAAUAGCUACUUUGGCGCCCAGACAGGUCGUUGUCUCAUCAAUUUUCCCAUUGGAGGUGUCAACGAACGCAUGCCUAGACCCAUCAUUCAGGCCAUGGGCGUGUUGAAGAAGGCAGCGGCUGAGGUUAACCAGGAGUUUGGACUGGAUGCCAAGAUCAGCACUGCCAUAUCGAGUGUCUGUGAUGAGGUGAUCUCGGGCAAACUCUACGACGAUGGUCACUUUCCGCUGCCCAUUUGGCAAACUGGCUCUGGAACUCAGACCAACAUGAAUUGCAACGAGGUGAUCAGCAAUCGAGCCAUAGAAAUACUUGGAGGUACUUUGGGCUCUAAGAAUCCGGUGCAUCCCAACGAUCAUGUCAACAAAUCCCAGAGUUCUAAUGACACCUUUCCAACGGCCAUUCACAUUGCCGUGGCCAUUGAGCUGAAUAUGAGCCUGAAGCCAGCGGUUACCAAGCUACGAGAUGCACUAAUGGCCAAGUCCAAUGAAUGGAAGGACAUCAUCAAAAUCGGACGCACCCACACCCAGGAUGCGGUGCCAUUAACCCUGGGCCAAGAAUUUAGCGGUUAUACGCAGCAGCUAACCAAUGGUCUACAGCGAAUUGAAGCUGUUCUGCCGCAUGUCUAUCAGUUGGCCUUGGGUGGCACAGCUGUGGGUACGGGUCUUAACACGCGCAAAGGAUUCGCUGAGAAGGCCGCCAGUCGCAUUGCCCAACUAACCUCAAUGCCGUUUGUGAAUGCACCCAACUUCUUUGAGGCGUUGGGCUCUCGAGAUGCCAUGGUCGAGGUGCAUGGCGCCUUGAAUACCAUCGCUGUGAGUCUAAUGAAGAUUGCCAAUGACAUUAGAUUCUUGGGUUCGGGACCUCGUUGUGGCCUUGGCGAGCUUUGUUUGCCGGAGAACGAACCUGGCAGCUCCAUUAUGCCAGGCAAAGUAAAUCCCACGCAGUGCGAAGCCUUGACGAUGAUCUGUGCCCAGGUGAUGGGCAACCAUGUGGCUGUCUCUAUUGGAGGCGCCAACGGACACUUCGAACUGAACGUUUUUAAGCCACUGAUAGCUUCAAAUGUGCUGCGUUCCAUCAAGCUGAUCAGUGAUGGCUGCAAUACUUUUGCUAGCAACUGUGUGAAGGGCAUCAAACCAAACAAGGCUAAUAUAGCUAAGAUAAUGAAUGAAUCUCUAAUGCUGGUGACGGCUCUCAAUCCUCAUAUUGGAUAUGAUAAGGCAGCCCAAAUAGCGAAGACGGCGCAUAAGAAUGGAACUACUUUAAAGGCCGAGGCUCUCAAGUCUGGCAUAGCAGAGAAAGACUUUGAUGACUGGGUGCGACCAGAGAAGAUGCUUGGUCCCACAUAGAGAAAUUGUUUAAGUUUUUCAUUUUUAAAUCUGAUUAAAUAUUACGAAUAAAGAAACCUUUUAAAGUUAUUAA